AUGUACAUAAACUCAUUGUUUAUACAUACCUCUGUAUACCUCUUUUCAUUGUUUGCCUUUUUUUCACACACUUACAUUAAAUUUUACAAUAGUGGACAUAUUGCAGAUAAAAUUGACCUGAGAAUAUACUUGUGUAUUGGUACAUUUUUAUCGGGUUUAACAACAAUUGCUUUUGGACUUGGAUAUUUCUUUAAUAUUCACUCUUUCGCUUAUUAUGCGAUUGUUCAAGGUCUUGGAGGAAUUGUACAAGCGACUGGUUGGCCAGCUGUUGUCGCUUGUAUGGGGAAUUGGUUUGGUAAAAAUAAACGAGGAUUUUUUAUGGGUGUAUGGACAGCGCAUGCAAGUAUUGGAAAUAUUUUAGGCUCUUUAAUUGCUGGUGUAUUUGUUGAAACCGCUUGGGGUUGGUCAUUUGUUGUCCCUGGAUUAAUAGUCGGCUUAUUGAGUAUACCGAUUUACUUAUUUCUUGUACCAUAUAAUAUUGUCGUUCAAUUAAAUGACAAAGGAAUUAUAAGGUGUUAA